GGGAGGAGGAAAACCACGUGUGGUUGCUAUGUCAAGCACUGUCCUUCCUUGGCAGACUUGUUUUUGUAAGAUCGUACCCUUUGCGUGUAGCUACCUAGCCUAAUAGCUGUAGGAAGCACAUUUUUGGGUUUACAUCACACGUUUGAGCAACGGAAUUCUGUUGCCACCUUUGAUAGAUAGCUGUCACUCUCUCAUUGUCACAUAAUGGUGAGCAAAACGGAUGAAAUCCCGGCGUCAGUACCCAACUGUAACGCGGUUGAUCUUGCAGAAGAAGGUGGGGAGACGCCGGACAGCAAAGAGACCACCACAUCAGUGAAGGACCCCUGUGCUUGCGGACACGGUGCGGACACCGCGGUGAUGAAUGGCAACGGGGCACAAGAGGACGAGGCAGAGUCGAAGCAGGACGGGGGAGGUGACACAGAUGGCGGGGAUGAGUCUAAUGAACAAGAAGUUAUUGUGAUACAGGAUACAGGGUUCACUGUGAAGAUCCAAGCACCUGGGACAGAACCCUUUGACCUCCAGGUUUCUCCUCAGGAGAUGGUGCAGGAGAUUCACCAGGUGCUGAUGGACCGUGAGGACACCUGCCACCGCACCUGUUUCUCCCUGCAGCUGGAUGGCAAUGUGCUGGACAACUUUGCAGAGUUAAAGUCCAUUGAGGGCCUGCAGGAGGGUUCCCUGCUCAAAGUUGUGGAAGAGCCGUACACCGUGCGCGAGGCUCGGAUCCACGUGCGCCACAUCAGAGACCUGCUGAAGAGCCUCGACCCGUCAGACUCUUACAACGGAGUGGACUGCAACUCUCUCUCCUUCCUCAGCCUGUUCACCGACGGGGACCUGGGAGAUAGCGGAAAGCGGAAGAAGAAAGGUAGUGAGCUCGAGCAGAUUGAUUGUACCCCCCCUGAACACAUCCUGCCCGGCAGCAAAGAUCGCCCCCUGGUGCCCCUCCAGCCACAGAACAAGGACUGGAAGCCCACGCUGUGCCUGAAAGUCCUGACCAUGAGUGGCUGGAACCCCCCUCCGGGGAACAGGAAGAUGCACGGUGACCUCAUGUACCUGUACAUGGUGACGGUGGAGGAGCGGCACAUCAGCAUCACCGCCUCCACCCGGGGAUUCUACCUCAACCAGUCCACCACUUACACCUUCAACCCCAAGCCAGCAAACCCCAGCUUCCUGAGCCACUCCCUGGUGGAGCUGUUGAGCCAGGUCAGCCCAGCCUUCAAGAAGAACUUCACCGCCCUACAGAAGAAAAGGGUACAGAGGCAUCCCUUUGAGAGGAUAGCCACACCUUUCCAGGUGUAUAGCUGGACAGCGCCACAGAUGGACCACGCCAUGGACUGUGUGAGGGCAGAGGACGCCUACACCUCCCGUCUGGGCUAUGAGGAACACAUACCUGGACAGACAAGAGAUUGGAACGAGGAGCUCCAGACCACUAGAGAACUGGCCCGUAAGAACCUUCCAGAACGCCUACUGAGAGAGAGGGCUAUCUUCAAGGUACACAGUGACUUUGCCGCGGCUGCCACGCGUGGCGCCAUGGCGGUGAUUGAUGGCAACGUCAUGGCCAUCAACCCCGGAGAGGAGACCCGCAUGCAGAUGUUCAUCUGGAACAACAUCUUCUUCAGCCUGGGCUUUGACGUGCGCGAUCAUUACCGGGAGCUGGGCGGGGACGCCGCCGCGCACGCCGCCCCCACCAACGACCUCAACGGCGUCCGAGCGUAUGGGGCGGUGGACGUCGAAGGCUUGUACACCCUAGGGACCGUCGUCGUCGACUACCGCGGUUACCGUGUGACGGCUCAGUCCAUCAUUCCUGGUAUCCUGGAACGGGAGCAGGAACAGAGCGUCAUCUAUGGUUCCAUCGACUUUGGAAAGACUGUAGUGUCACACACCAAGUACCUGGAGCUGCUGGAGAAGACGAGCCGGCCACUCAAGGUCCAGAAACACAGUGUCCUCAACGAGAAGGACGAGUCUGUGGAGCUGUGCUCCUCUGUCGAGUGUAAGGGGAUCAUCGGCAACGACGGGCGCCACUACAUUCUGGACCUGCUGCGCACCUUCCCCCCUGACCUGAACUUCCUCCCUGUGGAGGGUGAGGACGUAGCCCCGGAGUGCGUCAGACAAGGCUUCCCACGUCAGCACCGCCACCGCCUGGCCUGCCUGCGACAGGACCUCAUCGAGGCCUUUGUGGAGCACAGAUACCUCCUUUUUAUGAAGAUGGCAGCACUUCAGCUAAUGCAGCAGAAAGCCAACAAAGAAAACAAGGUAGCGGCCCUUACAGAGACCAGCAGCCCUGCCCUCGAGGCACCGCCGGCCCCGCUCCUGACGGACACCCCCGAAUCCUCCACGGACUCCUCUGAGACCUCCACUGAAACCCUCACAGAGAGCAACGCUGAUGCCACCGCCGCCCCUACAGAAGCUGCCCCUAAAACGGCUCAGCUCGACGGCACCCAUACCACACCCACACAGGAGGCCGCUACAACCACGACCACCACCAACGGGCCUUCGGAACCUGUUGCCACCGCCACCCAGAAUGGAGAGUGUGAGAGCCCCUUGGAGGGUAAGGAGCCAGAGGACAGUAUCCCAGGGUUAGCCCAGGCUAAAGAGCUGGCCGAGUCCUUAGUGGCGGAAGAUGGAUCCGGUAUUGACCCUAAAAGCAGAGAAGUAGUCCUCAAUGCCUGCAAAGCUGUUGGCUCCAUCAGUAACACCUCCUUCGACAUCCGCUUCAACCCAGAUAUCUUCUCGCCAGGCGUGCGUUUCCCUGACGACAGCGUGGAGGACAUUCAGAAACAGAAGCAGCUACUGAAGGAUGCUGCUGCCUUCCUGGUGUCCUGUCAGAUCCCUUCACUGGUGAAGGACUGCCUGGACCACAGCGCUCUGCCCAUGGAUGGAGCCACACUGACAGAGGCUCUGCACCAGAGAGGCAUCAACAUCCGUUACCUAGGCAAUGUGCUGGAGUUUGUUGACAAGACCCCUGCCAAGGCACAGCUGGAGCAUUUCUAUAGAAUAGGAAUCAGUGAGUUGAUCACCAGAUGUGCAAAACAUUUCUUCAAGACGUACCUCCAGGGUGUGGAGUUGUCCGCACUCUCUGCUGCAGUUAGCCACUUCCUCAACUGCUUCCUGAGCUCCUUCGCCGAUGCAGUAGCACACCUGCCCACUGACGAGCUGGUCUCACGCCGCAAGAACCGCAAACGCAAAAACAGGGUCCCUGGAGGCGGGGACAACACUGCAUGGGCCAGCCUGACGCCCAGCGAACUGUGGAAGAGCAUAGUCUCCGAGGCUCAGAGCUACUACCACUUCACCUUGUACUGCGAGAGUGUGGACCUGGCAGUGGAGAAAUACGGCCUUCAGAAGAUCACCCUCCUCAGAGAAAUCUCCAUUAAAGCCGGCAUCCAGAUCUUAAUAAAGGAGUACAACUUCGACAGCCGCCACAAGCCUGCCUUCACCGAGGAGGACAUCUUGAACAUCUUCCCUGUGGUGAAGCACGUGAACCCCAAAGCCUCUGACGCCUUCCACUUCUUCCAGAGCGGCCAGGCCAAAGUGCAGCAAGGUUUCCUGAAAGAGGGUUGUGAGCUGAUCAAUGAGGCCCUGAACCUCUUCAACAACGUCUACGGGGCCAUGCAUGUGGAGAUCUGUGCCUGCUUGCGCCUGUUGGCACGCCUCAACUACAUCAUGGGAGACCACGCUGAGGCUCUCAGUAACCAGCAGAAGGCUGUAUUGAUGAGUGAACGAGUGCUUGGUAUUGAGCACCCUAACACCAUCCAAGAAUAUAUGCACUUGGCACUGUACUGUUUCGCCAACGGCCAACUGUCCACUGCACUGAAGCUGCUGUACCGCGCCCGCUACCUCAUGCUAAUGGUCAGCGGGGAGGACCACCCUGAGAUGGCGCUGCUAGACAGUAACAUUGGCCUGGUGCUGCAUGGAGUGAUGGAGUACGAUCUGUCUCUGAGGUUCCUGGAGAAUGCCUUGGCCAUCAACUCCAAAUACCAUGGGCCCCGGUCCCUUAAAGUGGCCCUCAGUCACCAUCUGGUUGCAAGGGUCUAUGAAAGCAAGGCAGAGUUCCGCUCUGCACUACAGCAUGAAAAGGAGGGCUACACCAUCUACAAAAACCAGGUGGGUGAGGCCCAUGAGAAGACGAAGGAGAGCUCUGAGUACCUGAAGUACCUCACACAGCAGGCUGUGGCUCUGCAGAGAACAAUGAAUGAGAUUUACAAAAAUGGCUCAAAUGCCAGCAUCAUGCCCCUCAAGUUCACAGCUCCCAGUAUGGCCAGUGUGCUGGAGCAGCUCAACAUCAUAAACGGCAUCAUUUUCAUACCUCUCAGCCAAAAGGACUUGGAGAACCUGAAGGCAGAGGUGCAGAGGCGACAGCAGCUCCAGGAAGCAGGAAGGAGUGACGAGCUCGCCGAGCACAGUCCACUGGAGCUGGAGGACAAAAUUCCCAUUGAUGAUUAAUGCUAGCCACCCUCCCAACACUUACUACUCUGCAAGGGGGUGGCUGUGAUGCAACAGCCAUCUGUUUUGAGCCCGCGGACCUGAGAACUGAGCUGUCUAAAAUCAACAAAUGAAAGAAAAGGGGGAGGGAAUGGGUCACUGCAGACCAGAAAACAUGAAUACAGGCGGUAGAUUAUACAAGGUGCAAAGUGGAAAAGUUUCAUAUGGGGCGGGAGAGUAUUUAAAAAAAAAAGAAAAAAAUGUAUAAAAUCAAAGAAAUCAUGUGCAAUCUGAAAGUCACUUGGUCCUAGUUCUUGGCAGAAAGGUGCAUUGCCGGAUAGCACUCCUGAAAUUGAAGGUGUGUGUGCGUGCAUGUUCAGUGUGUGAAUGGUUCUAGGGAAGGAGAUCAAGGAUGACCAUGACAUUGUAUACCAGAGCCUUAUCCACUAUUCACUCUCCCAUCCCAGCCGCCCCUCUCCACUCAGAGCACAGGAUCCCUCUACUUCCCCCUGUAAAGCCACUGAAACAUCAGGGCAUCCCAUAAGAGUAGGCACUGAUAAGGUACCUCAAAUGACAACACGCACCCUGUCCUGAAACUCAGGGGACUUUUUACUGUGCACUAGGGAGAAGCUAGAAAAAAGAAAAAACUGAAAUAAGAGAUUCUAAUUUUGGGCUGGAGAAUGUAUUGACUACCGUUUAUAUUAUUUCUUCAGUUAUUCUCCUUCCACCAAUCACCUAUCAACUUGACUGCCCUAUGGUUCAUGACAACUUCGUGGUUUUAUACCAUGUGGUUGGCUGCUUUGUCUAUGGGUUAAAAUGUCACCUUCAUUAGGUCUCAACCAAUCUUUCAGAUGGAUUGUUGUGUUUUUCAGUAAAAAUAUAAAUAAGGAAAAUCUUUUUGUAAAUGGAAGGGGAAGAAGAAGCCAUUUAGGUCUUGAUUUAUCCAUUAAUUUAAGCCAUGUCCUUUUUAUAGAAAAUAUAUGAGGAAAAGAUGUAUAAAUCUGUCUCUGGGGUUUAGACAUGUACUGGAUCAAUGUUGAUGGAAUUUGGCAGAUUUGAAAACGUCCAGAAUAGGUUUGAACAGUAAAUAAUCUAUAUUAGCUGUGUUCAAUCUUCUAUUUUUCCAAUAUGUGCAUGUUUGUUUGUUUGUUUGUGUGUGUUUUAUGUAGUCCGAGGGAACCAGACAGCCAGGAAUUUGGUACGAUGCUGCUGCUGUGUUGUUAUAAUGACUGGGUUAUUAAGCAGGAUUUUCCAACUGCUUUAUUUUUUUAUACACAUAGAGAAACCAUGGGACAACUAAUGCAACUUGUAUUCUCUUGUUACAUUCUUGGUCACCUGUGUUGUAAAUUUGCUGAGGGAUUUAUACUAUGAACUUCUCCCCACCAUUAGACUGGUCAGAGAAUGACACAACUUGGCCAAAUUAUGUUUUGGUGUACCACCUACCACCAGAUGCCGUCAGCUGUAUUGAGUGCACUUUUGAGUGCUGUCUGGAUAAAUACACACUGCACCACCUAAUGUGGUUUGAGAAGGGCUGCUUCAUUGUAAUUAAACCAAAAAAGAGACUGGUGUGUUUGUGUGUGCUUGUAUACAUGCGAUGUGUCCCUUCCUUGCGAAUAUCUUUCUAAAUUGUUGCUGUGGCUAAAUGUAUGUGAUUAAGGCAAUAGAGAUAAUGCUGAAACUGAUUUGUUUUUGAAAGUGCAGCUUUUUCCUGCACUUAAUGUAAGAACUGUUGCUAUUCUGUUUGCAUUGUACUUACAUUGCAAGCUUUGUAAACAUAAAGCCUACUACCAAGCAUAAGAAACAAACUGUAGCUAAAAUCGUCCCCCCCCCCCCAAUUAUUAUGUUAUACUGUGGGGAAAAAAACAGAUUGAGACAAUAAUGGAACUUGGUGUGUGAUUUGUGCCUAUUUAUUCAUAAAAUGGGUAGUAUUCCUUUGCAACUCUGUGUUGCCCUGUUAAAGGUUAAAUGGGGAUGGGGGUGGUCUUUCCAUGGAUCCUUGUUUUUCUUGUCAUAGGGUUACACAGGAGUUGUGUAUCUGCAUUUCCUCCCCUCUAAUUUGACCACCUUCUCCAUGAAUGUUUGUCUCAGUACCACUAGUGGCCAUGGGGUGGUACACAAGAGAUUGUACUUCCUCAAAAGCAAGGAAAAAUGCUUUUGUAAUGUGAAACAAUGUGAGCAUAUCACAGUGUUGGUGUUAACUGUUCAAUAUGCUUUUGUUCAUGACUACAAUGAAUGAAAAUGUAAACAGUUUUUGGUCAAUUGCAAAUGCUGUUCAAAUCCCUUGAGUCUCGUUGGUGGCUUUGACAGUUUCUGAUAGAAUAAACUCUUUUAGAGAGAUCAGUACACCUUUGUCUGCAUAUAAAUACAUUUUUUUUUUAUGAAUCAAAGAAUUAUGGUGCUUUUAUUCAAUAACAAAGGCACAAAUUCUUAUUUGGUGAAAUUCCAUUGUUGGUUGUAUUCUUUAGCAAUAUACUUCCGUAUAUCUUCAUGUAAAUGCAUGAUAAACUGAUUUGAAUUUUUGUAGACUGGUUCAGUUUCGGUAGUGUGGAAGCAAUAACGUUUCAGUAAUUGUGUUACUUGGUUUUGCCUCUGGUAUUAAAACCAGUUUUAUCAUGAAUGUCCACAGAAGCAAAACAAAUUGUGAAUGCCAUUGAUGGAAAUGUUAGCAAAUGGAAACUAAUGCAUUGGACCUUUUAGAUUUCUAAUUAAACAAAUUAUUAGGUGUUGAUCUUGAGAACUGUUGAAUACUAACAUAAAAAAUAGUUUUCAGACAAUUAUCCUGUAGCAUAUGUGAGAUUAGCCAGUUUGUCCCCAUUCUGUGUUCUUUAGAAUUGUUACUACUUUAUUUCCCAUUGCAUUUCAGUCCUUCAGUAGCCACAAGAAACCAUCAGCAGCCUUUCAAAGUUUUACUGAGGUUGAGCAAGCAGGAAUGUCUUUCCUUCCUUACGGCUCUUGGAGGAAAACAUUUUCGGGCAAAUUCCCCCCAGGAUCUGUUCACAUCAAGGGUUUUGUCUAACCCACACUGUUCAGCUAGCAUUGUCUGUGAAACUCAACUGAGGGUUGUCUGAGGGUUUAGUUCUGCUACGUUCUUGAACCAACACGGUUCCUUUUUUUUGUAUUCCUCCUGCACAUAGUGUUCAAGUCUGCUUUCCUUGCUGUAUGGUACCUGUCUGUUGCUCUUUACAAAAUAACAAUCUAAUUAUUUUUGGUCUGAGUAUGCUUUUGUAUUAAAAUGAAUAAAGAACUAGUAAAUAACA